AUGGAGGGCCAUGAUCCAAAGGAACCAGAACAGUUGAGGAAGCUGUUUAUUGGUGGUCUGAGCUUUGAAACCACAGAUGAUAGCUUAAGAGAACAUUUUGAGAAAUGGGGCACACUUACAGACUGUGUGGUAAUGAGAGAUCCCCAAACAAAACUUUCCAGGGGCUUUGGAUUUAUGAUCUACUCUUGUGUUGAAGAGGUGGAUGCUGCAAUGUGUGCUCGGCCACACAAGGUUGAUGGGCAUGUGGUGGAACCAAAGAGAGCCGUUUCUAGAGAGGAUUCUGUAAAGCCUGGUGCCCAUUUAACCGUGAAGCAAAUUUUUGUUGGUGGUAUUAAAGAAGAUACAGAAGAACACAAUCUGAGAGACUACUUUGAAAAGUAUGGCAAAAUUGAAACCAUAGAAGUUGUGGAAGACAGGCAGAGUGGAAAAAAGAGAGGAUUUGCUUUUGUAACUUUUGAUGAUCAUGACACAGUUGAUAAGAUUGUUGUUCAGAAGUACCACACUAUUAAUGGGCAUAAUUGUGAAGUGAAAAAGGCCCUUUCUAAACAAGAGAUGCAGUCUGCUGGAUCACAGUGAGGUUGUGGAGGUGGAUCUGGCAACUUUAUGGGUCGUGGAGGAAACUUUGGAGGUGGUGGAGGUAAUUUUGGUCGUGGUGGAAACUUUGGUGGAAGAGGAGGCUAUGGUGGUGGAGGUGGUGAUGGUGGAUAUAAUGGAUUUGGAGGUGAUGGUGACAACUACGGUGGUGGUCCUGGUUACAGCAGUAGAGGAGGCUAUGGUGGUGGAGGAGGAUAUGAUGGUUACAAUGAAGGAGGAAAUUUUGGUGGAGCUAACUAUGGUGGUGGUGGGAACUAUAAUGACUUUGGAAAUUAUAGUGGACAACAGCAAUCAAAUUAUGGGCCCAUGAAAGGGGGCAGAAGCUCAGGCAGUCCCUAUGGUGGUGGCUAUGGAUCUGGUGGUGGAAGUGGUGGAUAUGGUAGCAGAAGGUUUAAAAAACAGCAGAAAAGGGCUCCAGUUCUCAGCAGGAGAGCGAGUGAGGAGUUGUCAGGAAAGCUGCAGGUUACUUCGAGACAGUCGUCCUAA